AUGAGCUCACGAUCAUCCGUCUACUCUGACAGCUCGAGGGUCUACACGCCCGACAUGCUCCUCCAACUUGGUUCAAUACUGUCCUCUGCUCAGACAGACUUGGCCCUUGGUAGUUCAGCAAGCUCGACUCGGCCGUCGAGCGGGGCAUUUACUCCCGAGGUGCUCUCUGCUGCGCUCGAGCAUUUCCCAGACAUUUCCAACGCAGAUGCUGUGCACGAACAAGACACGCUGGAAGAAGAGGAAGAUGGAUUUGUCUAUGGCCACUGCGACAUUCGUCCAGACCUCGAUCCAUUCCUCGUGGACCAACUCUCCGAAGCGGUUCACACGGCCCUCUCCAACUCGUAUGCCGAUACGCAGAUUACGGAAAUUCUCGAGCCUGUCGUAAUGGAACCCAAGCCACGCCCACGUCCCUUUACAUACGCAAAGAGAACAGAAGCCCUCUUCGGGGAUCGAAGGCCAGCCAAUCCUCGCUCCUCUUGGACUCCUUCGCGCCCUGUUCCUGCUCACGGUGGAGCCUUUAAUCAACACGCGCAGUCGUAUGCAUACACUCGUGGGAACCCGCGUCCACCCAUCAGCAAAGCGGACACAGUCACAUCCUGGCGCAGACUCGACGAUGGUCUCAAAUAUAGUUGGAAUGACGCCACGGGAGGCUACGUGGUCGUUGCAGCCUGA